UUUAUUAAAGACUCAAUAGAAGAAAAAAAUAAACAAACACGAAGGAAAAUAAUAAGAACGAACUGGAGAUAUGUCUGCUUGUGCCUCCUUUUGUUCUGUUUUCUUCAUUGCCUUACUUGCGAGCUUAAGAUCUUAUGCACAGCAACCAGACCCUACUUACAUAUACCAUCUUUGUCCAAACACGACAACUUACUCCCGAAACAGCACAUACUCUUCCAACAUUAGAACUCUUUUGUCCUCUCUUUCUUCCAACAGCCGUUCUUCCUCUACCGGAUUUUACAGCACAGCGGCAGGUCAAAGCCCUGACUUGGUGUUCGGCCUUUUCCUUUGCCGGGGGGAUCUCCCGCCAGAAGUCUGCGGUAAUUGUGUCGUCUUUGCUGCCAGCGACACUCUCAAAAAAUGUCCAGAGGAGAAGAUUGGGUUGAUAUGGUACGACCAGUGCAUGCUUCGAUACUCUGACCGGAAUAUUUUCUUGGAAUCUUCACUCCAAAAUGGAACAAACGGAAUACUCAUGUGGAACACUCGAGAUGUUCCAAAAAACCAAUCAGAACGGUUUCGUGAUGAAGUGUUCUCUCUGAUGAACAAGUGUGCAAACGAGGCUGUUAAUAGUUCAAAAAGGUUUGCGGUUAGCAAGUCCAACUUCACAUCGGUUGAGACACUUUAUGGGCUGGCUCAGUGCACACCCGAUUUGACGAGUGGUGAUUGUUUUAAUUGUCUACAACGGACCAUCAGUUCAUUACCCACAGCCCAAAUUGGGGGAAGACUUCUUAUGCCGAGUUGUAACUCAAGGUACGAGCUCUACAAAUUCUUCGAAGAAACUGCCACAGCAAUACCUCAACCUCCUCAGCCUCAGUUGGAUUCAGCUCCUCCACCGCCUUCCCAAGAAGCUGGAAAAGGCAGAAACUCAUCUGUCAUAGCAAUCGCUGUUGUUGUUCCAAUCACAGUCAUUUUUGUUCUUCUCGUAGCUGUUUUCAUUUUCUGGGCUAAAAAGAAAAGGAGAACUUAUGAGACGGAACCACUUGCUGAAGAUAGGGACGAUAUUACAACUGCAGGGUCACUUCAGUUUGAUUUUAAGGCAAUUGAGGCAGCAACUGAUAAUUUUUCUGAAACUAACAAACUUGGUCAAGGUGGAUUUGGGCAAGUCUACAAGGGCACCUUUCCUAGUGGAAUACAAGUUGCGGUGAAGAGGUUAUCUAAAACAUCAGGACAAGGUGAAAGAGAGUUCGAGAACGAAGUUGUUGUUGUGGCAAAACUUCAGCAUAGAAAUUUGGUAAGACUACUUGGUUUUUGUUUGGAAGGGGAAGAAAAGAUACUUAUCUAUGAGUUUGUGCCCAACAAAAGCCUUGAUUACUUCCUUUUUGGUAAGCUGAGUUCAAUACCUAACCUAAUAUAUCAUUUGCAGAUUUCAUGCCGUUUAGAAAAAUAUAUAUUAAAAUAUGCAUGUGCAGACUCGACGAUGCAGAACCAGCUGGACUGGAAAAUACGGUACAAGAUCAUUAAAGGAAUUGCUAGAGGGAUUAUAUAUCUUCAUCAAGAUUCACGACUCACAAUCAUUCAUCGUGAUCUCAAAGCCGGUAACAUCUUACUGGACGCUGAUAUGAACCCGAAAGUUGCAGAUUUUGGAAUGGCAAGAAUUUUUGGAAUGGACCAAACGGAAGCCAAUACGAAAAGAAUAGUCGGAACCUAUGGUUAUAUGUCUCCGGAAUAUGCAAUGUACGGCCAAUUCUCCAUGAAAUCAGAUGUGUACAGUUUUGGAGUCUUAGUUCUUGAGAUUAUAAGUGGUAAAAAGAACAACAGUCUCUAUCAAAUGGAUGGUACAGCUGGCAAUUUAGUUACAUAUACAUGGAGUCUAUGGAGCAAUGGAUCGCCAUUAGAGCUCAUGGAUGCAUCCUUUCGAGAUAAUUAUCAAACAGACGAAGUUACGAGAUGCAUUCAUAUCGCUUUACUAUGUGUUCAGGGAGAAGCUGAAGAUCGUCCAACCAUGCCAGAGAUCGUCCAGUUGCUCACUUCUAGCUCCAUCGCUCUCACUUUGCCUCGACCACCUGGAUUGUUCUUCCGAAGUAAGCAUGAACAAGUCAGAGUGGAUCCUAGUAUUGACACGUUUGCCAUGGGUUCUGUGGACGGGGCUUCUAUUACUCAAGUAGCUCCUCGUUGAAAACAAAACUAUUCAUAAAUAAAAAAAUUGAUUUGAAAUAAGGAUUGAAGACUGUUACGUAUAAGAUUUAGAGACUCAUGAAUAUUUCAUCCGGACCUUGUUUUUUUUCCUAUGAGGUAUUCAAGACCUUUUGUAGUCUACCUUUUAAGUGACGAUCUUGGGUAUAAUGUCGUGAUAUACGCUAUAUCUGUUGUAAUUACUGUAUUCCAGCACUUUAGGAAAGUAGGUUAAGCACUCAUAUAUAUACUUGUAGUCGUCAUAUGGAAUAAUACAGAAAACCUUUUACCCUA